UUUUUCCAUUUAUGUGGUACAACGACAGUCGGUUAACCGGUUAACCGCUCGAAUAUCGAAACAGGUUAACCGGUUACGGAUUUGCUUAGAAUUCUAGCUGAUGAAUAUUACAAGUUUAUAAACAGUUGAGAAUCAUGUCUGAAUUUGAUGAUGGGAAGAAGAAAGCACGGCAGUUUGAUUACAUGGCCAUGUUUGAACAGGCCAGACAGACUGCAAUAGAGAGGACUUCAUCCACAGUCAAGCCCGAUGAUGCAGAGGAUGUAGAUGAACAGGUUGCAAGAAUUAACAAACAGAAUGAGGUCCUCAGAGAAAGUACGAGCUUCAAAUCAACAGAUGUGGAACAACCGUCUUCAAAUGCCAGCAUUGACUCAGAUGAUGAAAUGAUUGGUCCUCCUUUACCUCCAAGUGCAACAACAUCAAAGGUUCAAGACAACGAGGAUGAUGAUGAUGAUGAUGACAACAUAAUUGGGCCUCCAUUGCCUCCGACAAUGACAGAUGCUGGAUCAAGCCCUUUGAAUAAAAAGAAAGCUGACAAUGAUGAGGAGGAAAAUGAUGAAGAUGAUAAUGAUGAAGAAGAAGAUGAAGAUCCUCUAAAGAAAAUACCAUCAAGUCUACAGAUUACGUUAGACCAUGGAAAGAAAACAGUGUCAGCACUAGCCUUUGAUCCAUCUGGUGCGCGCCUCAUCACAGGGGGCUAUGACUAUGAUGUGAAACUCUUUGACUUUGCUGGAAUGGACUCUACACUCAAACCAUUUAGGACGCUGCGACCGUGUGAAUGUCACCCGAUCAAGCAGCUACAGUACAGCAGUACAGGAGAUGUCAUCCUGGUGGUGGCAGGCAACUCACAGGCCAAGGUGCUGGAUCGCGACGGACACGAGAAGUUUGAGUGCAAAAAAGGCGACCAGUAUUUGGCAGACAUGGGACAGACAAAGGGCCAUGCAGCUAUGCUGAAUUCCGGAUUUUUUAACCCGAAAGUCAAAGCAGAGUUCAUGACAUGUUCAAAUGAUGGCACUGUGCGCCUAUGGGAUGUAAAUGACGAGGGCAAGAAGCAGCGUCAUGUGAUCAAGGCCCGCUGCCAGCAGGGGCGUCGUGUGGUUCCCACAGCCUGCGCGUACAGCCAUGAUGGGCGCUGGAUUGUAGCAGCCUGUCAGGACGGCUCCAUACAAGUCUGGGAUCACAACCGACCUUUCGUAAAUGUGUCAAUGAUGUUACGGUCAGCACACAUGAAUGGCAGUGACACCUCCUCACUGUGUUUUUCAUAUGACGGGCGUGUUUUGGCAUCUAGAGGAGGAGACGAUACAGUGAAGCUAUGGGAUAUUAGGUCACUGAAGCAAGCUCUGAAGGUCAAGGAAGGACUUCCAAACUUCUUUCCUAACACAGAUGUUUUGUUCAGUCCGGACGACAAGCUCGUAGUGACAGGUAUCUCUGUAAAGAAGUCUGAGAGCAAGGGGAGGCUAGUCUUCAUGGAGCGAGAAUCCCUUGAUACCAUUACAGAGCUGGAAGUGUCAGACAUGAGUGUUGUGAGAUGCAUAUGGCACCCCAGACUCAAUCAGUUUGUGGUCGGAUGUGGUGAUGGAAAGGCUCAACUCUACUACGAUGAACACAAAAGUCACAGGGGUGCUAAGCUUUGUGUAGCAAAGAAGCCUUCUAAAGUCAAACAGAUGGAAAUUGUAGCCCAUCGGCAGAUUAUCACACCGUACGCCCUGCCAAUGUUCCGCCAGCAACGGGAGUCAAGUACCAAGAAACAGGAAGAACGAGCUAGAAAGGACCCAGUCAAAUCACACAGGCCAGAUCUACCUGUCUAUGGACCAGGCUCCGGUGGACGCCUGGCUAACAAGGGAGGCACCCUGUCCCAGUACGUCGUUCAGACCCUGGUCGUGCAGAAGGAAGACCCGUACGAGGAUAACCCAAGGGAGGCAAUCCUGCGACACGCAAAAGCAGCUGCAGAAAAUCCGAUCUGGGUUGCACCUGCUUAUAAGAAGACACAGCCUGUGCAGAUAUUCCAAACUGAGGAAGAAAAAGUUGAAGAAGAAGAGAUUCAACCUCCGUGGAAGAAAAUCAAGAAAACGUGAAGAAAUAAUCAUUUCAUGCAAUAGAAAAAUUAGAUCAUAAAAAGCUGUAGAACUUCUGGAUAUUACAGUGAUGCUCCUUUAAGCAUGAUGCAUUAGGCAGUGAUUGACGAACGCACAAGAUCAAUGAGCCAUGCACUUGUAGAUCAUAAACUAAGCUUGCAUACAUUUUCUUUUAAAAGCAGGCUUUUAAGUGCGAUAAACAAAAAGUUAGCAGCUUUAGCCCACAUUGAUGUUAAAGUACUUUUUACAUACAAGUUUUCUAAGAAAGUCUUAAGAGCCCAGCACUUAUAUUUGAGGGGCAAAGGUGUAAUUUUAUCCCUGCUGAUAACAUUUUAACACGCAAUAAUUAAAAAUAUUCAGGCUCAAUUGGCUUAAACGUUGUUUUGUAGGAUGUCCGUGGCAAUAUUCAAUAUUUUGUUGAAUGCCUGCUACUGCCUACUGAGAGGAAACACUAUCAGUACAUUACAUGUUAACAUGGUAACCAGAUAAAGAAAGCAAGUUUAUAUGCAUGUAGAGAUGUGUGGCUUCACAUGUAUUAAUUGACAUAGCAUUGUCUUGUAUAAAAAAGGUUAAUUAUUAAGAUUAAACUAUACUUGUAAAUGUGAGUAUUGUCUAUAUCAAUAGAACACUUUACGAUGUUUACAUAGUUUAUCCUUCUGUGAAGGUUAGCUUCAACAAGGUUACAUGCUAGCUCCAGACCCAAAGUUCUGUGAAGGUUAGCUUCAACAAGGUUACAUGCUAGCUCCAGACCCAAAGUUCUGUGAAGGUUAGCUUCAACAAGGUUACAUGCUAGCUCCAGACCCAAAGUUCUGUGAAGGUUAGCUUCAACAAGGUUACAUGCUAGCUCCAGACCCAAAGUUCUGUGAAGGUUAGCUUCAACAAGGUUACAUGCUAGCUCCAGACCCAAAGUUCUCAUAUUCAAGUUUUAUCCAAGCUUUUGAGGUCAAGUAUUGUUCAACAUUUCUUAAGGAGAAAUCUUAUUAGGAUAGUUUAAUUGAUUGAACAAUAAUAUGAACUAUUGUAUUUAUACAUCUUUAAUUACUAACACCAAUAAAAUAUUGUUUAAACAUAA